CAAUGAGAGGGCAGAUACGCGUGUGAACAACAGGCACAACUCCGACAAAGUGUUUUCUAAAUGUUGCCAGGAUGUCAAGUGGCCUACUUAUAUCUCUCUACACUCGUAACAAGUUACGCAUUACGAAAUUUAUAUUCGAUCAAAUAAGCCAUCCUGGCAAUUUUUUGUUAACCAAAUUCGACACUCAUUGACCUCCAUACAAAAACUCCUCGCUUUGUGAGAGAGAAAAAAACAAGUAAAACAAAAAAACAGCCUGUUCGGUAACAAACAUUGAGCAUUCCUAACAUGUUUUUCUAAGUCUUUAAACAAGUUCUCUCUCGCUCAUUGCCUACAGGGCUUAGCAAUUCUCCCCCUCCACCUGGCUGCAUCUUACAGGAGAGUGAAGAGCCUUGAGAGCCUUCUCUCUGCCGGGGCAGACCCGGAGAUCAGGUAUCCCUAUAUGAACAGGUUCCACUGGUUUAAGUCAUACACUGAAAAGGGAUGACCAUAUUAGAGCUUUCAAAUGAUAAUACUGCUCUGUCUAACUAAGCAACAUUAGAUUAUUGAGUUACACCCCUAAACUUCAGCAUGGCCAUUCAAAAUGUCCUAAAACAUGAAAAAAGCUCCAUGAGUAAUGUCACCACCAGCAAAACAAAACCAUUCUGACAAGACCAUUUCUCCCAUGUCCUCCUUGCGACCUUCAGGGACCAGCGAGGGCGCAACGCCCUGCACCUGGUGAUCACCCACUGGCCCACCAUCCUGGCAUCCUGGCCCAAGCCACGCACCAAGUUUGAGAUGGCCAUGAUGUCCAUGCAGCACCGGGCCGAGGCCUGCCUCAGGGUGCUCUGCAACCACGGAGUCAACAUCAACGCAGAGGUGGACAGUGACGGCCGCCACACCGCGCUUCACCUGGCUGUUCGCUACGGAGCCCUGCCCGCUAUCAGCAUCCUGGCGAGCCACGGUGCCAAAAUCAACACCAUCGACCACUUUGGGAUGAUGCCACUGCAUAUGGCUGCCGGGAUCCUCAAUACAGAGAUGACAGCCAGCCUGAUCAAGCUUGGGGCUGACGUCAACAAGGUGAUGAGUAAGUCGGGUAACAGCCCCCUCCACCUGGCUGCCCUGGCGGCGGCCAACAAGCCAGUGAAGGCCCUGGGAGUGGACCUGGGCUGUAUCAUUGAGCUGCUGGAUCAGGGGGCUGACCCGAACACAGUGAACCAUGCCGGGCGCACGGCCCUGCACGAGGCCUGUAGCGGGGGCCACGAGGCCGUGGUGGCGCUCCUCCUGAAGUAUGGAGCGGACAUCAACCAGCUGACCACCGCAGGGGAAAACUGCCUCUUCCUGUACCUGGAUCAGAAGCUCAACCUGAGGCACACCUCUCUACUGUGGAAGCUCCUCACCAUGACCUACCCCCUGACCAUCAGCAACAGAGAUGGCCACCUGCCCAGCUCUUUAAUGCUCCCAGAGUACUUUGACCAGCGGGACCAGCUACUGAACCUGUGCCAGCAGCCUAGGAGCCUCAUGGACAUAUGUAAGAUCCACAUCUACCAACGCUAUUGGAAGAGUCAUGGUAGAGAAUGCCUGAAGCAGGUUCUGCCAGACAGGGUGCAUGACUUUGUGUUUAACCAUUGGGAAAACGCAUGUGAUGUCAUGUUUGUUAAGGAGGGUGAUGACAUCCCACCUCGGUUCCCCCGCUUUCCCAAUAUGGAGGACUUCACCAUGCCUCAAGGAGUCUAACUCCUCCUGUCCAAGGAGAUGAAGGCUACAGCAUGUUACUUUAACAUUUUAACACACAUUACCUCAACAUAUUCCAUGAACCUCCAGAGAUAUGGAGAGGUUCACAAGUGAUCAACCUCAUCAGAGAGCCGCAAAACCUCCUUUGUUAUUAUUUGAUGGUGCACUUCUUUUUCUUAUGAAAUUAAACAAUAUACACUUGCAAAGAA